AUGGUUCUUGACUCUCUCGAGUCCAAAGAUCUUGCAAGUUUCGCACUUUUAAACAGAGAAUGUCGUCAACUAGCUCGCUCCCGUCAAUUUUGUGCCGUUAGUAUUGACAUCAGUCCUCGCUCAUGGGGUAUUGUAAAGAUUUUGUGUCACGAACGUCUGGAGCGCGAAAAGAGUAAUAAUGGCGUGGUAUCGUUCCCAACUUUAGGUGCCUGUAUUCGCGGUAUUUCUGUAAAGAUCCAGGACAACUUCACUGGAAUGCCAAUAAAGGACCCGUCUUUGGAGCAUAGACUAGACUGCCCACAAACGUACCGUGUACCUUUGGGAGAUUACAACGAAAGAGCAAUUUAUGAUAUACCUUUCGAGUUGCGGAAAAUUCUCUGUUGCCAAUGGACAUUACCAUAUCUUGAAACCUUGAAAUGGAACCUGAACUAUUGUUUUGAUAAUUCACUUGUCAGGGCGCUGGCACGCCCCAGUCUACAGAAUCUUAUACUUUUCGACCUCAGGAAUUUGCGAAUUGAUUAUGUUAGGCCUAUGAAUGACACAUUACGAAACUUCUUCGACACAUACGGCCGUAUAGAGACUUUGGAAACAUUUUCGUUUUCAACACCUCAUGUAGGUUUCUUGAGAGCGAACAACCAAUUGUCCAACAUCAAUUUCGAUUCUACACGUGCUGGGCGAGACUCCAUUAAGGAAUCUGUCAUGGUAUUAGAAAUUCUUGAUAGUUCACAGUUCAAUAAUCUUACCUCUCUUGGAAUACAAUUUUCAAAGAAAGAGGAAGAUUUUCCGAAAACAGCCCUUACGCUUAUUGGCCGUCUGACCCAGCUCAAACAACUUCUCAUUUCGAAUGACGGCGGCAUAUUUGCUCCAGCCACUGAUCAUGAUAUGAUCUUGAACUCCUUAAAUCUUCUGGUAAAGCUCGAGAAGGUUGUCAUCGAAGGAGAUGUUUAUCAACCCGAUAGUUAUCAUCGCCCUGUUCAGUACUAUACAGCUACAUAUGCAAGCGACAAGGACACAUUUGAUAAAAAUAUGUCUGAAGAAGAAAUCUCUAAAGCGAAGUCUGAUCCUAAAGCGGGAAAGCCAUACUGGCAAUUAAGACAUGGUGCAAAAAUGAGGAAAAUAACUAUAAAAUACAAGGAGCGUUUCCAGCAACUGAAGUUUCUUUAUGUGGGUAAAGGAGCAUUUUGUUUUGCCUCCGAGACAGAUCAAACUCCCUGGCAGGUCUAUUCUUCAUCAAAAUUGACAUUUGAUUUCUUUACAGGAGAGAUGUUUCAUAUGGCACCAUGGGACAGAUUGCACGACGGGUGGACUUGA